AUGGCAGAAGGUGACAACAAUGGAUCUUCAAAACCAACGGCAACUCCAUAUGAGGAAGCACUGGAUGCUUUAUCUUCUUUGAUAACGAAACGCAGUCGUGCUGAUAAGAGCAACAAAGGAGACCGGUUUGAUUUGCUUUUCGAUUAUUUAAAAAUUCUGGAGUUAGAGGAGGCAAUAUCGGAAAUGAAGAUCAUACACGUGGCAGGCACUAAAGGAAAGGGAUCUACGUGCACCUUCACAGAAUCUAUCCUACGUAAUUGUGGCUUUCGCACUGGACUUUUCACUUCUCCUCAUCUCAUUGAUAUCCGAGAAAGGUUUCGUUUGGAUGGUGUGGACAUUUGUGAAGAGAAAUUCUUGGCAUAUUUCUGGUGGUGUUAUGACAGACUAAAGGAAAAAGCUACAGAAGAUAUACCAAUGCCUACCUACUUUCGCUUUCUUGCUUUACUUGCCUUCAAGAUAUUUGCCAUGGAACAGGUGGAUGUGGCUAUUUUGGAGGUUGGGUUAGGCGGAAAGUUUGAUGCAACAAAUGUGGUUCAGAAACCUAUUGUGUGCGGUAUAUCUUCCCUCGGGUAUGACCACAUGGAGAUUUUGGGAAAUACUCUAGCACAAAUUGCUGGGGAGAAGGCUGGUAUCUUUAAGGAUGGAAUUCCAGCCUUCACAGUGCCUCAACCUGAUGAAGCAAUGAAUGUUCUCGAAGAGAAGGCUUCUAAGUUAAAUGUACACCUUCAAGUGGCACAGCCAUUAGAUGCCAAAUUGCUGAAUGGUUUAAAACUCAGGCUUGAAGGCGAGCACCAGUAUUUAAAUGCUGGUCUUGCCAUUGCAUUAUCUUCUACUUGGCUUCAAAGGACUGGGCAUCAUGACUUCACCUACCUGGAACAGGCUAGCUCCCUUCCUGAGCAGUUUAUUAAAGGGCUAACAACAGCCAGUUUGCAAGGGCGGGCUCAAAUUGUCCCUGAUCAAUAUAUUAAUGCUGAGAGUUAUGGAGAUCUUGUGUUUUAUUUGGAUGGAGCCCAUAGUCCUGAAAGCAUGGAUAUGUGUGCAAGAUGGUUUUCUCAUGCCAUUAAAGAAGACAGCCAGGAAAAGACCUUUAAUUAUCCCCCACAGAACAAUCUUGGAUCCGCAAUGGAAUUGGUACAGGGGCACCACGAUGAUAAAUAUGGAAAGAGUUCCAUGCAGAUAUUGCUGUUCAAUUGUAUGUCAGUGCGGGAUCCUCAGCUGCUUCUUCCUUGUCUGAUGAAAGCAUGUGCUAGUCGUGGUGUCUACUUCAAGAAGGCGCUCUUUGUUCCAAAUACAUCUGUGUAUUACAAGGUUGGAUCUCAUGCAUUACCAGCUGAUUCUCAAGUUGAUUUAUCGUGGCAGUUUGCUCUUCAAAGAGUAUGGGAGAAUCUCAUACAGAGCGAUAAAGGAGGAGAGGCCAAGCAUGCGGAUGCUGUUUGUGAAGAAGGUAAAGAGGAUACCAAAAUGAAUGGUAGGAGUGAAAAUAGUGCAGUCUUUCCUUCUCUCCCAUUGGCUCUUAAAUGGCUUAGGGAAAGCAUCCAACAGAAUCGAUCUGUUCGCUACCAGGUCCUUGUAACCGGUUCAUUACAUCUUGUGGGUGAUGUGUUGAAAUUAGUCAAAAAAGAAAUGGUUGAGGGUGCUGUUUCUGCUGUCAAUGAAAGCAUUGCAGAGUUACUCAUCUAUGAAGCAGACUUCCUGUCUGGUGUGCGGGAGAAAAUUAAGCGAUUGCAAUUUGAAUUGAAGCAGAUGAAAUGUUUCUUGGAAGAUGAUGAACAGAGGACAAAAUGUUGCUUAUGA